AUGUUGUCUUCCCUUAUCAAGAUCUCCAGUAGUGCCGUGAGCGCUUUUUAUCCUGAGAUUUUGGUGUACAUGGACUGUACAUUAAACCUCAAUGAUAGUUCGCAUCCCUCCAAACUGGUAUCUUUGAUUCAUUGGCAAAAUUUGCAUGAAUCCUUCAAUGUACUCGAUAAUCUGCCAUUCAUCUUCGUUAACUGGAGGCGAUUUGAGGGAACAUCUGAUAAGCGAGGUGGAGGGGGGCUAAAUGAAAGUCAGAAGCACCGCGAAUGCAUGCCGCCUCUCAUUGACGAGGCCGACUACGAUCUCAGCGAGACGUUUGGGAAUGUACCAAGUCAACGGUCCGACGCUGGAACUUAUCAUGAUUGCUGUGGCAGAAGACGCACGACUAGGUACGUUCUACAAGGUCUCUCUGUCGCUCUGAUCAAGUUGUGA